AUGAAGUGCCGAAUGAAGGUGCACGUUUUCGGCAACAGUCCCUCACCCGCGGUCUCUACAUAUGGGCUUCGGCGAACUGCUCAAGAGGCUGUUCAACAAUUCGGUGAAGAUGCAAGGGGGUUCGUCCAGCGAGACUUCUACGUCGAUGAUGCACUCAAGUCUCUUUCGUGUGAGGAAGACGCCAUCAGUUUGUUGCAGAGAAUGCAAAAAAUGCUUUGUACAGCUAACAUAACGCUGCACAAGAUUGCCUCAAACAGGCAGAAUGUGCUGAAUGCAUUUUCUCCACAAGACCGUGCGCAGGGACUGAAAAGUCUUGACUUGAACAAAGACACAUCAAAUAUGCAGAGAAGCCUCGGUCUACUUUGGGAUGUAGACAACGACACCUUCGUCUUCAGAGCUCCUCUUCAAGACCAGCCCUAUACACGGCGAGGGGUGCUGUCGACCGUCAACAGUCUGUUUGACCCACUGGGGUUCGUGGCACCUGUAACGGUUCAGGGAAAGCACCUGCUCCGUGACCUCGUGACGGAAGGUUAUGACUGGGACACGCCACUUUCGGAUGCAAAUAAACAAAGUUGGGAUGAAUGGAAGAAUUCUCUACAAGCACUUAAUUGCCUACGUGUGCGGAGAACGUAUGUACCGCACUCAACUUCUGAAGCUGCCACUAGAGAAAUUCACGUGUUCUCAGAUGCGUCCACGAGUGCCAUCGCCGCGGUAGCGUACUUACGGGUAAUCGACAAGCAAGGAAACAAACAUGUCGGAUUUGUCAUGGGAAAGGCGAAGCUCGCGCCGAAACCAGACCACACAAUCCCAAGGCUGGAGUUGUGUGCAGCGGUCCUUGCUGCAGAAAUGGCCGAUGCCAUACUACGGGAGUUAGACUUCCAGCCGAGUUCUGUCACAUUUUACACAGACAGCAAGGUAGUUCUGGGAUACAUACACAAUAAAACGCGAAGAUUCUAUGUGUACGUAGCUAACAGAGUUCAGCGCAUACGUGCCAGCACACGACCGGGUCAGUGGAAGUACGUGUGUACGGAAGAAAAUCCAGCAGACCACGCCACCAGACCAAUUCCAGCAGCGCAGCUCGAGAAGACGAACUGGUUUUCAGGACCCGACUUUCUCACUCAACCUCAAGGGGAAGCAUCAUCAUCAUGUUUCAAGCUUAUAGACCCUAAUGAAGACGAAGAGGUACGUCCUGAGGUCCGCACCUUCGUGACGAAAACAAACCAGCGACAGCAACUAGGAGCUGAAAGUUUUGGAGAUGGAGCUCACUCACACGAGCUGUGGCUGGCAUAG